AGAACAACUCCAGCAGCUCCAGUCAGAAAAGCCAUCAUCUUGAAGAAGAUUGUACCUCGUGCAGUAGAGGUCCCAGAUGUUCACACACCAGUUCGCAGGAGUCCUAGGAUCUCUUUUAUCUUAGAAAAAGAGAACAACCCUCCGCUCAAGGUGCCCACUAAGGAGGACCUCUUCAAGACGUGUAGCGUCCCUGGCACUCCCUCCAGCACCCCCGUGCUGUGCGCUCAGAAUGUUAAGUCUAACUCUAGAGAAGUGGAGCCGGACAUCAGAGAUUUGGAAAUGUCUCAGAAAGUCAGGCGGUCCUACAGUCGGCUACAGAGCCUCCAUUGUGCCUCAACCUCCACCCCCGGCCGCCGAUCCUUCUUUGGCUUUGAGAGACCUGAAGACUUGCCUGGAGUCUCACCUGUCGUGCGUUCAAAGUUAAUGGAGACCCCAAAGGUGCCUGUGAAACACUUGGUUCCAGAUAGAACGCUCCCUGGAAUCUCUCCCCCAAUUGUGAAAGAGAAACGAAAGAAGAAGGUUCCUGAGAUCACGAAGUCAGAGCUGGAUAAGUGGGCUGUGGCCAUGAAUGCUGAAUUUGAAGCUGCUGAGCAGUUUGAGCUUCUGAUUGAAUGAGAUGACUGGGAUGCCAAUCAUCACUGGGCUGAACUGGCUGACUUCCCUCUUCCUGUACAUACUGCGCCCUUUGAGUGGAGCAGGAUAUAUGGAUUCCUCUUCACUAGCCUUGUUAUUCAGAAUGGUGUUGCUGGCCCCUUAUCUUGUGUCUAGUUACCCUGGACUUUCUACCUCUACAGUGUUGGGAAUGAGAAGCCAUUUCUGCUUUAGCCAGAACUACUGUCAGGAACAGGUUUAGCUGUGGCCGUCCCUGCUGCUGUGUCAAGCCACCAACCAGUAAAGAGGUUCUGUGUUCUGCUUUGUUUCUGUAGAGAGAACUCAAAAGACUGGGGAGACAGUUAAAUGCUCGAGGGAGGAUCUGGACAUUGAGUCUGUGGAGUCCAGGAUAUGAAAGGAGAAGGGGGGCAUAGUUGGUUUUUUAACACAGUGACUGUCGUGUAGGAACCGGUCUGUGUCUGCUCUCUGCUGUUGACAUUGGCGAAGGGUGUGCUGCUGCUUACAGCUGAGAGAGUGCACUUGACAGUGUGGGCCUCAGUGCACCAACGUCAGGUUUAUAGUCUCUACUUUGACCUCUUUCCUCACCCACAUGUUAAAUACAAGCUGCGUGGUCUCAGCUCUGAUAUGAUGUCACGUCACCUCUCACAUGCUAGACAGCUGGAGCACUGAUGGCAGAUUUUGCUGUGAGCUUAACUAUUGUCAUGUAAGACCAUUGGGGUCUGGGAACACAAG